GAAGAAGAACCGCGUCGUGACGUUUUUGAAGUUCGCCGAGCAGUGAGUUUACUUCUUUGGAUCUUCUCGGUUCGGUGAUCGGGGCAUAUAGAUCUGUGGUGGGGCUUGGUGUCGGAAAACCCGGAAUUUGGAUAUUUUCAUUAACUGACCAACUACAUGUUAGUUGCCCGGAAACAGCCUUUGCUACACAUGGCUAGGCGAACAAGCUGGUACGCGCUAACUGUGAAGAUGAACGGAAAUGUAGUUGUCUGUCCAAAAUUAUUUAAUUUGCCCUCACACGUGUGCAAUUCACACAUUUAUAUGUAUUAACUAACUAGGUAUUCAUUAGAUUAAUUUUUGUUUUAUGUUAUCCGGCAGUGUAAGCUGCAGUGGAAAUUGCAUGCAUCUAACAGGUUUGGUAAUAGUGUUUUCUUUUUACGUUUUCAGUGUAAACAAAGACAAGUGAUUUCUGAUAACUAUAUUAACUUUGUACAGUAAGUUAUGAACUAAUUUGCCAUAAAUGGAAUGGUAGGAUGUCCGUUCAAAUCCCCUUACAGUGCUGAAUUGUUCCACCCUACCCACGUGACCAAUCCAUAUACCAGAGCUGUCAUUUUUUCCAGGGUCAUCCUUAUCAACUCCCUUCUCAUCUUCAGUGGGACUGCUGAGGGAUAAAAAAAAAAAGCGCCGUUUAGUAUGGGUUCAAAAUAAUACAUACUUUUUGACUUUGUUUUUUCGCUUUGGGAGGUUUGUUGUUUUUCGCAACAGUGACAGCGUGAUUUAUGCCGACAUUUAGAUAUACAACAAAAUACGCUGCUGCAGUGACCUUGAGAACGGUGCCUCACAUACGCAAUGGACUGCAUCUUGAUAGGAAGCAACGUGAAAGUGCUGGCAAAAGCUGUCCAGUCGCUAUCCAAGCUCGGAGAGGAGCUGUACUUGGAGCCUCAGGAAAAUGGGCUGGCUCUCCGCACCGUUAACUCGUCGCGGUCGGCGUACGCCUGCUUCCUCUUCUCUCCACUCUUCUUCCAGAAAUACACCCCCCCGAAAAGCUCGACUCAGCGCUGCAAGAUGGUCAUCAAGUCUGUGCAGGCUGUGUUCAAGUCCCUCUCCUCCCUGGAGAAGACGGUGGAAAAGUGUCAUAUCGAGCUGGACAUCGAGAAGAGCCGCCUGACCUUCACCCUGCACUGCAAACACGGGUUGCUGAAGACGCACAACCUCUCAUUCCAGGACAGCGAGAGCCUGCAGGCCGUGUUCGACAAAGAGAGCUGUGCCAACGCACUCACCGCCCAGCCCAAGCUACUGGUGGAUACAGUGCUUCACUUCCCUCCAUCUCUGGAAGAAGUGCGUGUGUCCGUGAAUGACGAGAGAGUGUUGUUUAGGAAUCACGUCGAGGACGAAGCAGAACAGUCCAGAGCCAUGAUGACAGAGUUGUGCCUCAGCGCAGAAGAGUUUGACAGAUUCGCUGUGAACAUGCACACAUGCAUCACUUUCUGUCUCAAGGAGCUGAGGGGGCUGCUGGUGUUUGCAGAGUCCUCUGGUCUCCCUGUCUCCAUGUACUUCGAUGAGCCUGGCAGGCCUCUGGUAUUUAGCCUCACAGAUGAUAGCGUUUUGGAGGUAAACUUCGUGCUGGCCACCCUGUCUGAGGAAGGUCAGCCUCAGAAUCACAACAGCGAUAUGAGACGAGUUUCAGAGCCACCAAUAACGGACGACUUCAUGAACGAUGACAUCGAUUACAUCAUUGCCAUGGAGACCAGCGAGCUCGCCGGAGACUCCGAUUGGCCGGAGCCGCCUCGGCACGCUGUGACUCCGCCUCAGCUCCACGUAGCCGACGGAGACCAGCACGAGUCCAGAGGAGAGCGUGCGGAUGAGGAUGGGCGGCAGGGAGAAGAGGAGACAACAGUGGAGGAAUCUGGCCGACCACCCAAUAAGAAGUUCCGCUCCCUCUUCUUUGGCUCGGUGCUGCCUACCCCCUCCCAGACGUCCAACAGGACACUGCAGAGCCAGGAGAUCUUGGCCAGCGACAGUGAGGACGAGGACAGCCCCCCGUCACCAUGACGUCACUUCCUCCACAGUGAUCAGGACACGUAGGCGGCCCGUGGGCUGCCAGGCGGCAGGGUCUGUGACAGUGGCAAAGCCUGUGCUGACUGAUCUGCUUUUGGAGGGAACGCUGCAGUGUCAAGGAACAUCUCCUGCAGGUGGACGGGCUUUGAAGGCGACUGUGCCAAAGCACCUUCUGCUGAGACCUCAAAGGACAGAUUUGCGACAUGUACACACCGAGUAUAAUUUAUUUCUCUACCGAGAAAAAAUGACCACCAUGAUGUUGGCGUAAAGAUAUUACAAAAAAUAAAUAAGGAAAAUAUCUGAAAUUUUGUACGUUUUAUAAUGGAUUCUAGAUAUUAGGACAAAUGCAAGAUUAAAGUUCUGUUUUCUAGA